UUGUAGCGCGACAGCCUGAGAGCUAGCUGGUCCAUUCCCGUGGAACCCACGUGUCCCUCAGUGCAGGCAGCUCUUCCUACUUUGCUAUGCGAUUUCUUUUGUGCGACUUCAAAAGGGGCUUGUGAAUGAUUUCUAAAUGUGUGCCUCGCUGAGGCAAGCCGCCCAGGGAAGGAGUAACCCUGCCCAGUGGGGGCAGAGGAAGCCAACAGGGACCUCGCAGUGCUGGAAUUGGCUGGACCCUUACAUGCAGAUUUUGAAAUCGGCAAAACAGAAAUCAAAUUACUAUCAUAUUAUGCUGGUGGAAGCUCAAGGAGAAGGGACUCUUCACCAGCCUAACGAUGAUGAGAGACGCAGCGAGUCACAGAAGAGCAGUGUGUCUAAUGUGUGGACCCUGAAGACAAAUGAUUACAUUUUUCUCCCCAAAUGCUCAGAACUCUGCAACCUCUAUACUAAAAGUUCAUUCUGCUUUUUUGACCUUGCUUUGGAGAAAACAAAAUGAAACCAAACAGAGGACACUACUAAAAUUGUGAAGGAAGGAAAUAUAAAGAGCCACUGCAGUUCUUUAACUACUAUUGCAAUAAUGGGAGAGAAAAAAAGCCACCUAAAGGAGCCCAGCAUGUACACCAGCUUCAGUGUGACAGAGUGUGGGGACAUGAAAAUGGAUGGUGAGCAGAGCCUAUAACUUGUUAGUUUUUCUACACUUCACCUGCUACAAGUUCCUGCAUAGAAAUGGAUAUGCUUUGUGAAGAAAACACUUCUUUGAGCUCAAGUACAAACUCCUUAAUGCAACUAAAUGAUGGCACAAGGCUCUACAAUAAUGACUUUAACUCUGGAGAAGCUAACACUUCAGAUGCAUUUAACUGGACUGUGGACUCGGAAAAUCGAACCAACCUUUCCUGUGAGGGCUGCCUCUCACCACCCUGCUUCUCUUUACUCCGUGUGCAGGAAAAGAACUGGUCUGCUUUGUUGACAGCUGUAGUGAUUAUUCUAACCAUUGCUGGAAACAUACUCGUCAUCAUGGCAGUGUCCCUAGAGAAAAAGCUGCAAAACGCCACCAACUAUUUCCUGAUGUCACUUGCCAUAGCUGAUAUGCUGCUGGGUUUCCUUGUCAUGCCCGUGUCCAUGUUAACCAUCCUAUAUGGUUACCGGUGGCCUCUGCCCAGCAAGCUCUGCGCAGUCUGGAUCUACCUGGAUGUGCUCUUCUCCACGGCCUCCAUCAUGCACCUCUGCGCCAUCUCACUGGACCGCUACGUCGCCAUCCAGAACCCCAUCCAUCACAGCCGCUUCAACUCCAGAACUAAGGCAUUUCUGAAAAUAAUUGCUGUUUGGACCAUAUCAGUAGGUAUAUCCAUGCCAAUACCAGUCUUCGGGCUACAGGAUGAUUCCAAGGUCUUUAAGGAAGGGAGUUGCUUAAUUGCUGACGAUAACUUUGUCCUGAUCGGCUCCUUCGUGUCAUUUUUCAUCCCCUUAACGAUCAUGGUGAUCACCUACUUUCUAACGAUCAAGUCACUCCAGAAGGAAGCUAAUUUGUGUGUGAGUGAUCUUGGCACACGGGCCAAAUUAGCUUCUUUCGGCUUCCUUCCUCAGAGUUCCCAGUCUUCAGAAAAGCUCUUCCAGCGGUCAAUCCACAGGGAGCCAGGGUCCUACGGCAGGAGGACUAUGCAGUCCAUCAGCAAUGAGCAGAAGGCUUGCAAGGUGCUGGGCAUCGUCUUCUUUCUGUUCGUGGUGAUGUGGUGCCCCUUCUUCAUCACGAACAUAAUGGCUGUCAUCUGCAAAGAAUCCUGCAACGAGGACGUCCUCGGAGCCCUGCUCAACGUGUUCGUGUGGAUCGGUUACCUCUCCUCCGCAGUGAACCCGCUGGUGUACACACUGUUCAACAAGACCUACAGGUCAGCCUUUUCGCGGUAUAUUCAGUGUCAGUACAAGGAAAAUAAAAAACCCUUGCAGUUAAUUUUAGUGAACACUAUCCCAGCCUUGGCCUACAAAUCUAGUCAACUACAAAAAGGACGUAAAAAGAAUUCAAAGAAAGAUGCCAAGACGGCGGGUAAGGACUGCACUAUGGUGCCUCUAGGAAAACAAAAUUCAGAAGAUGCCCCUACAGACAGUAUCAGCACAGUAAAUGAAAAGGUUAGCUGUGUGUGAGAGACUAGUUGCCAUGGCAACCGUGGAGGGCACUGAACAAGUUUUCACCACUGGAAAAAAUGAAGAGGAGAGAAUAGAGAGACUGGAAAAUAUUAGGCGGGUCCAGUGGAACCAACAAUGGUAUCUGAUGCCUCGUUUUAUUCCAUCAGUUAAAAGCAGGGUUAAAGGCCACAAAUGUGCACUUCAAACAUGUCUGACAGCAUUUCAGCUGGGAGCUUUAUGAUACUUAUUUUUAACAUUGUAAAUGAUAUGUAUUUAAAAUAAUUAGUUUUUAUUGGAUAAUUAUAAUGAGGCUACACAUAAAUCUAAAUUAACUUCUGUUUUCAAGUGGAAACCUUGCUAUUAUGUUGU